CCGGGGCGAGCUGCGGAAGGGGAGGGGGCUAGAGGCGAUUGGCUGCGGCUACGGCGGCGGCUCCUUUCCGAGCCCAGAGCAGCGGCAGCGCGGAGCGGACCCGCCUGGCAGCAAGGAAAGGCGGCGGCUGCAGGGGAGUUUUUAAAACAGUGAAAUCAUGGCUCAUUCAAAGACACGAGCCAAUGAUGGAAAAAUUACGUAUCCUCCAGGAGUCAAAGAAAUAUCUGAUAAAAUAUCUAAAGAAGAGAUGGUGAGGCGGUUAAAGAUGGUUGUGAAAACAUUCAUGGAUAUGGACCAGGACUCGGAAGAAGAAAAGGAGCUGUAUCUAAAUCUUGCAUUACAUCUUGCUUCAGAUUUUUUUCUCAAACACCCUGAUAAAGAUGUGCGCUUGCUGGUAGCAUGUUGCCUUGCUGAUAUUUUCAGAAUUUAUGCUCCUGAAGCUCCAUACACCUCACCAGAUAAACUGAAAGAUAUAUUUAUGUUUAUAACAAGGCAACUGAAAGGAUUAGAAGAUACAAAAAGCCCACAGUUCAAUAGAUAUUUUUAUUUACUUGAGAAUAUUGCUUGGGUCAAAUCUUAUAAUAUAUGCUUUGAGCUAGAAGACAGCAAUGAAAUUUUCACACAGUUGUACAGAACGCUGUUUUCCGUAAUAAACAAUGGUCAUAAUCAAAAAGUACACAUGCACAUGGUGGAUUUGAUGAGCUCUAUCAUUUGUGAAGGAGAUACUGUGUCUCAGGAGCUUUUGGAUACAGUUUUAGUGAAUCUAGUGCCAGCACAUAAGAAUUUAAACAAGCAAGCAUAUGACUUGGCAAAGGCUUUACUAAAGAGGACAGCUCAAGCUAUUGAACCGUACAUUACUAACUUCUUUAAUCAGGUGCUUAUGCUUGGGAAAACUUCUAUCAGUGAUCUGUCAGAGCAUGUCUUUGACUUAAUUCUGGAGUUGUACAAUAUUGACGGUCAUCUCUUGCUUUCUGUUUUACCGCAGCUUGAAUUCAAACUUAAGAGCAAUGACAAUGAAGAACGCCUGCAGGUUGUAAAACUACUAGCAAAAAUGUUUGGGGCAAAGGAUUCAGAGUUGGCAUCUCAAAACAAACCACUUUGGCAGUGCUACUUGGGGAGGUUUAAUGAUAUCCAUGUACCUAUCCGGCUUGAAUGUGUGAAAUUUGCUAGCCACUGCCUUAUGAACCAUCCAGAUCUAGCAAAAGAUUUAACAGAAUACCUUAAAGUAAGGUCACAUGACCCUGAAGAAGCCAUUAGGCAUGAUGUUAUUGUAUCCAUAGUUACUGCUGCUAAAAAAGAUCUUUUGCUUGUCAAUGAUCACCUACUUAAUUUUGUAAGAGAGAGAACACUGGACAAACGGUGGAGAGUGAGAAAAGAAGCUAUGAUGGGACUUGCCCAGAUAUACAAGAAAUAUUCAUUACAGUCAGAAGCGGGGAAAGAAGCUGCAAAACAAAUUUCAUGGAUCAAGGACAAACUGCUACAUAUAUAUUAUCAAAACAGUAUUGAUGACCGAUUGCUUGUUGAACGCAUCUUUGCUCAAUAUAUGGUCCCUCACAAUUUGGAAACAAAUGAACGAAUGAAAUGUUUAUAUUACCUUUAUGCAACACUGGACUCAAAUGCUGUGAAAGCAUUGAAUGAAAUGUGGAAAUGUCAAAAUCUGCUACGACACCAGGUAAAGGACUUGGUCGACUUAAUUAAACAGCCCAAAACAGAUGCCAGCAGUAAAGCUAUAUUCUCAAAAGUGAUGGUCAUUACAAGAAACUUGCCAGAUCCUGGUAAGGCUCAGGAUUUCAUGAAGAAGUUCACUCAAGUUCUGGAAGAUGAUGAGAAAAUAAGAAACCAGUUAGAAAUGCUUGUUAGCCCAUCAUGUUCUUGCAAGCAGGCUGAAGGAUGUGUGCGAGAAAUUACAAAGAAGUUGGGCAAUCCCAAACAACCUACAAACCCUUUCCUGGAAAUGAUUAAGUUUCUUCUAGAGAGGAUAGCCCCUGUGCACAUUGAUACAGAAUCCAUCAGUGCCCUUAUCAAGCAAGUAAACAAGUCUAUAGAUGGAACAGCAGAUGAUGAAGAUGAGGGUGUACCUACUGAUCAGGCAAUCAGAGCAGGUCUUGAAUUGCUUAAGGUCCUGUCAUUUACACACCCUAUCUCAUUUCAUUCAGCUGAAACUUUUGAAUCCCUUCUGGCUUGCCUGAAAAUGGAUGAUGAAAAGGUGGCAGAAGCUGCAUUACAAAUUUUCAAAAACACAGGAAGUAAAAUUGAAGAGGACUUUCCUCACAUCAGAUCUGCUUUGCUCCCAGUCUUGCAUCACAAAGCUAAAAAAGGCCCCCCUCGUCAGGCCAAGUAUGCCAUUCACUGCAUCCAUGCAAUAUUUUCCAGCAAAGAAACACAGUUUGCACAGAUAUUUGAGCCACUGCAUAAGAGCCUAGAUCCAAGCAACCUUGAACAUCUCAUUACACCAUUGGUUUCUAUUGGUCAUAUAGCCAUGCUGGCCCCAGACCAAUUUGCUGCCCCUUUGAAAUCCUUGGUAGCCACCUUUAUUGUUAAAGAUUUGCUAAUGAAUGAUAGGCUUCCUGGGAAAAAGACAACUAAACUUUGGGUUCCAGAUGAGGAAGUUUCUCCAGAAACGCUUGUCAAAAUCCAGGCCAUUAAGAUGAUGGUUCGAUGGUUGCUAGGAAUGAAGAAUAACCACAGUAAAUCAGGAACUUCUACUCUGAGAUUGCUAACAACAAUAUUGCAUAGUGAUGGAGACUUGACAGAACAGGGAAAAAUUAGUAAACCCGAUAUGUCUCGUCUGAGGCUGGCUGCUGCUAGUGCUAUUGUGAAGCUGGCACAGGAACCUUGUUACCAUGAAAUCAUCACAUUAGAACAAUACCAGCUAUGUGCAUUAGCCGUUAAUGAUGAGUGUUACCAAGUUAGACAAAUAUUUGCUCAGAAACUCCACAAAGGCCUUUCCCGACUACGGCUCCCUCUGGAAUAUAUGGCCAUUUGUGCACUGUGUGCGAAAGACCCAGUGAAGGAAAGAAGAGCACAUGCUAGGCAGUGCCUUGUGAAAAACAUAAACGUGAGAAGAGAAUAUCUGAAGCAGCAUGCAGCAGUGAGUGAAAAACUAUUGUCACUUCUACCAGAAUAUGUUGUUCCAUAUACUAUCCACCUUCUGGCACAUGACCCAGAUUAUGUGAAAAUCCAGGAUAUUGAACAACUUAAGGACAUUAAAGAGUGCCUGUGGUUCAUACUGGAAAUACUGAUGUCUAAAAAUGAAAAUAAUAGUCAUGCGUUUAUCAGAAAAAUGGUGGAAAACAUUAAGCAGACAAAAGAUGCUCAAGGACCAGAUGAUCCAAAAAUGAAUGAAAAACUCUACACAGUUUGUGAUGUAGCAAUGAAUAUCAUUAUGUCAAAGAGUACGACAUACAGUUUGGAAUCCCCUAAAGAUCCAGUACUUCCAGCUCGAUAUUUCACGCAGCCUGACAAGAAUUUCAGUAAUACCAAAAAUUAUCUCCCUCCGGAAAUGAAAUCUUUUUUCACUCCUGGAAAGCCCAAAGCAGCCAAUGUUCUUGGAGCAGUUAAUAAGCCUCUUUCGGCAGCAGGCAAGCAGUCCCAAUCCAAAUCUUCACGAAUGGAAACUGUAAGCAAUGCCAGCAGCAGUUCAAAUCCAAGCUCUCCAGGAAGGAUCAAAGGGAGGCUUGACAGUACUGAGAUGGACCACAGUGAAAAUGAAGAUUUCACGAUGGCUUCACCCUUACCAGGAAAGAAAACUGACAAGAGGGACGACUCUGAUCUUGUAAGGUCAGAGAUGGAGAAGCCCAGAGGUAGAAAGAAAGCAACCAUCACAGACUCAGAAGAGAAGUUGGGCAUAGAUGACCUGAAUAAAUUGGGGCAGGAACAGAAACUUAGAGGCAGUCAGCGGGGGAGGAAGAGAGCUGCAGUUGUUUCAGAAUCUGAUGAACCACAGUGGCCAGAGGAAAAGAGGCUAAAGGAAGAUGUAUUAGAAAGUGAGGAUGAACAAAACAGUCCACCAAAGAGGGGAAGAAGAGGACGACCUCCUAAAGCAGCUAGUGGGGAUACACCAAAGGAAGAACCAACAGCAAAGACAUCUAAAAGGGGCAGAAAAAAAGCAGUGCCCGUAGCAUCAGCAGUGGAGGAAGAGGAGGAGGAGGAAGGGCAAAGUGAAAACGUGGAACAGAAGCCAAAAGGCAGGCAAUACAGGACACCAAGAAGAGCACAACAAAGAGUAGAACCAUCUGAAACUAGUGCAGUUGAAUCAACACAGUCUACACCACAGAAAAGACGAGGAAGGCCACCAAAAACACCACCAUCGCAGCAAAAAAAAGGCCGUGCUGGACGCACCAAACAAGCAGCAAGUAAAGAAAAUGAAUCUAGUGAAGAGAUGGAUAUAUUUCAGGGCAGUUCUCCUAUCAGUGAUGACAUUCCCCAAGAAGAAGUAAUGGAGGAAGAAGAAGUUUCCACGAUCAGUGUACGUCGCAGAACUUCCAAAAGAGAGAGGCGAUGAGGAAGCAUGUAAUUAUCCACGUUCCAAGCUUUGAAGAAUGUUCAUAAUUUGAAGCUUGAGGCUGAAUGAAGCUUUUAGUGCACAAAAUGGGGUUGCUGAAGACAAAAACUUACUUUACAUUUACUACCCCUACGUUUGCAGUCUCUAGGUCACAAGCUUUAGCCACACACGUUGAUAUCAUUAACUGUGGAUUUUUGUGAAGUGUAAUGUGCGCUGCCUUUGUAGACAUAUGAACUAAAGAAGAAACGUGUAAAUAGCCCUUUUUUAAUGUUUCUGACUUCUGAAGUGCUUGUAUAGCUUUUAUCAGUGGCUUUAAACUGACAGUGCCCAACUGUUUAUUAGAUCUGUUGAUUUAAAAAAGAAAAAAGUUUUUGUUAGAAUGGAUCUCAAGCAAUAUCUGUCAGUGUUCAUAUUUGUACUCUCCUUGACAUUUAACUGUGAAAAAAAAAUCAGUUGAAUAAAUAGUGCCAUUUU